AUGGACGACUCCGAGCUCGACAAGAUCAGAAAGGCCCGUCUCGAACAGCUCAAGGCGCAAGGCGGCAGCGGCGGUGGUGGUCCCAAGGCCGGCGGCGGUCCCUCUGGCGCUGGUGGACAGGGUGGUCAGGGAGAUAAUAGGCAACAAGAAGCCGAAGCCCGCAAAGCCAUGCUCAACCAGAUCCUCAUGCCCGAAGCCGCCGACCGGCUGGGCCGCAUCCGGCUCGUCAAGGAGGAGCGCGCGACCGACAUCGAGAACCGGCUGAUCAUGCUGGCGCAGACGGGCCAGCUGCGGUCUAAGGUCACCGAGGAGCAGCUCAAGGAGCUGCUGAACGCCAUGUCGGAUAACAAGGAGGAGGAAAAGAUUGUGGUGUCGAGGCGGAAGGGCUGGGGACUGGAUGAUGAUGAUGAUGAUUUGUUUGAUAUCUAG